UUGCGUGAAUCUCAAACUAUUGAUUCUGAAUUGUCUGCAGCUGCAAUUCAGGUUGCCGGGACAAACUACUCGGAUAUCACAGCUUUGUCUUUAAACGCUACACUCGAUACCAACGAUGUCCUCGCAUUCGUCAAGGAAAUCUCAAGCGAUGGAAAUGUCAACACCGUAAAUGUCAUCAUGCCCCUAUUCCCCGUUCUCUACGUCACAAACCCAGAACCUUUGCGUCUCCUCCUCGAACCGAUACUACAAUAUCUUACUUCCGGCCGCUGGACUCUUCCCUACGUAAUUCACGAUAUCGGCUCCGCCUACCCUAACGCUACCGGUCAUGAUGAUGGCGUCGCAGAAUAUUACACCCUUCUGAAUAAAUAUGCAUCGUAUCUUCCUUCCAAAUCUCUCAACAUCGCUCUCCAACUUUCAACCAAUGACGCUACUGGACUUCUCACCAAUGAAACGAAUCUCGCGAUCAAAGCAGCGGUUGGACUGAAAGCUUUUGCUUCACUAGCUAGCGAAACCUAUUCUAAUUAUUCGACGAUCGGAGAUACUCAUGCGACACAGAUCUACACCGAUGAUGGAUUGGGGACCGAUGCAGAUAAAACACAUUUUGUACUCAACUGCCCCGAUAAUGACGAAUCCUGA